AUGAAAAAUCUAAAUUUACUUUCGCAAAAAGUGCUUUCAAUUUCCUCUCCUUCUAGAAUCGGAAAAUCUUUUUUAAUAAAUCAUGAAGAAGAAGUUAUGUAUUUUUUAAGAUUCUCUGAAUCUUUAACUCAUAUUGAGCUCGUUAAAUAUAAUGAUUUAGAGGUGAUAGCAAUGUGGUCUAAUGAUGAAGGGAGUACAGAUUUGGACUCAUUAAUUUGCGGAAUGUAUUUCUCGGCGUAUGAUCAAGUCAUUUGUAUAGCAUUUCAUAAUGGUGAUAUUGUCAUCGUUAAUUCAUCACAGCAGGCAGAACUUGUCGGAUCGAUCGAAUCAAAGAUUCAAAGCAUGGAAUGGAGUCCGGAUGAAGAAUUAGUAAUCUUUGUUACAGGAAAUGAUACAAUAUUGGUGAUGACGAAAGAUUUUGAUGUGAUAACGGAAUUCCCGAUUAAUGUGGAUGAGGCUGGAGAAGCUGUUAGCAUAAAUGUUGGAUGGGGAAAAAAGGAAACACAAUUUCAUGGAUCAGUAGGAAAGUCUGCCGCGCAAAAUAAGGUUGAGGUUUCCAGUUUUACUCUAUCUCCAGAUGAUGAUUCAAAACCGCGUAUAUCGUGGAUUGGAGAUGGCAGCAUGUUUUGCUGUUCAAUAAUUGAUCCUAAUAAAGGACUUCGAGUCAUUCGAGUUUAUAACCGGGAAGGUAUAUUACAAUAUACUAGUGAACCUGUUGAUAAACUUGAACACGUAUUAUCAUGGAGGCCAUCAGGAAAUUUGAUCGCUUCAAGUCAGAAGUUAGCAAAUAAACAUGAAAUUAUUUUCUUUGAAAAAAAUGGUCUAAGGCAUGGAGAAUUUACAUUGCGUGAAACAUAUGCUCAUAAAAUUAUCGAAAUCAUGUGGAAUUGUGAUUCUACAGUUUUAGCUAUAUGGAUGGAAAGAAAUAUAUCAAAUGAUGAACAUUCAACGUGUGUUCAGUUGUGGAAUAUGAAUAAUUAUCAUUGGUAUUUGAAACAGGAAAUUCAAAGUCAAUCUGAUGUUAGAAUAACUAGUGUUUCUUGGGAUCCCGAAAAAGCGCUCAGACUACAUUAUACCACAACAAAUGAAUAUCAUUGUCUAGAUUUUUGUUGGGAUGUUUUCGGUGCAAAUACGAUAUCUGACAAAAACGCUGCUUCUGUUGCAGUUAUCGAUGGAACUUUAUUAGUGGACCAAUUAUUUGGAACUUGGCAAUUUCCAAAAUUCCUUGACGCAUCAAAAUCGCCCUCUGUGAACCUGACACCAUUCAGAGUGAUGAACGUGCCACCACCAAUGUUUGCAUUCUCUGUACAACUUUCAAAUCCUGCAUCUUGUGUGACAUUUUCAUCAAAUAAUGGAGGCAAUGAUUUUGCUGUUCUAGAAUCUAAUCAACAGAUUACAUUAUUUGAGUGGAGUGGAGCACUAGAGAGACCCAUUAAAGCCCCAACAAGUAUAGGUUCUAUUCAAAUUGAAGAUCCAAAAAAUGAUCGAGGAAUAAUGAGACAAAUCAUAUGGUUUAAUCGAUCGGUUAUAUUUUUUUUACAUUCUUCCAAGGAGCUCAAUCAUUAUGAUAACUUGGUUGCGAUUUAUUUGACUUAUGACGAGAAUGGAAAAGCAAAAUGUGUAUCGUAUGAAAAUUUUAAUCUUAAACAAAACGUUCUAAGAUUAUACUUUAAUCCAAAUAACAAAGAAUUGUGGUUUGAAAGUAUUCAUGGAAAAAUUUUAAUAGCUGAAAUAUAUAUGGAUCGAAUCGAUAAGUUUAUCGAAAACAUUAAUUAUAAUAAAGAAGAAAAGAUCAAAGUACAAAAUGAUAUUUUUAUUCAAUUUCCUGAAGUAUGUCAUUGGAUUUCUUCAACUCGGAUUGGAAGAGAGGAAAGGGCCGAGGAUGUGAUAAUUGGAUUAAGUGAAAAUAACAAGUUAUAUGGAAAUCAUAUGCUUAUAUCAGCAGAAUGCACAUCAUUUUUCGUACAUAAUACUUUACUUUUAUUCACUACCUUAAGUAAUGUGAUCGAAUUUUUACCACUGCAAGCUAAUCUAUCAGUCGCUAAUAAUCUAUACAAUGAAGCCGAUAGGAAGGUGGAAAGAGGAUCGAAGAUAAUAUGUGCUGUCUAUUUUGAUAACUUUCUUAUAUUGCAGAUGCCCAGAGGAAAUUUGGAAACUGUUCAUCCACGAGUUUUAGUCUUGGCUUCAGUACGCGAAUCACUGAAUCGAUUUGAUUAUAACUCAGCUUAUAUGACUUGCAGAAAGCAUAGAAUUGAUUUAAAUAUUUUAUAUGAUCAUGACCCUAAAUCAUUCUUGAAUAAUGUUGAAUCAUUUGUUAAUCAAGUCGAAAAGGUUGAAUAUUUAAAUUUAUUUUUAUCAAGUUUAAGAAAUGAGGACGUGGUUAUAACUAUGUACCCUAAAGUUAUUUUAGGUCCAAAAUAUGGGUCAUCUGAUGAUAAUACGGGAAUGCAAGAUGUGUCAACAAAAGUUAAUACUGUAUGUGAUGCAGUUCGUGGAAUUUUAGAAUCCAAGAACUCUACAAAAUAUCUUCAAUCAAUAAUAACAACUUUUGUCAAAAAAUCUCCACCAGAAUUAGAAGCUGCAUUAAAUUUCUUGGCCAAAUUAAAAGAUGCUGUAAAAUACGCAAUAUUUUUAGUAGAUGCAGAUAAACUAUUUGAUAUUGCAUUGGGAAUGUACGACUUUAGUUUGGUACUUCUAGUUGCUCAACAAUCCCAAAAAGAUCCAAGAGAAUAUUUAUCAUUUUUGGCCGAACUUGAAAGUUAUCCAAAAUAUUAUCAAAGAUUUAAGAUUGAUGAUCAUCUUAAUAGAUAUGAAAAGGCUUUAAAUAAUUUAAGUUUAGCAGGCGAUGAAUAUUUUGAUCAAUGUUUGAAAUAUCUUCAAGAGUAUCAACUUUAUAAACCAGCCAUUGCUCUCUUUGCUAAUAAUGAUGAAAAAUACAAAUCUAAUUUCAAAGAAGCUGGAUUAGCAUACGUUAUGGCUGGAAAUAAACCGAAAGCGCUUGAACCUUAUAAAGAAUCGGGAAUGUGGCGUGAGGCAUUUGCUAUCGCUCAAGAAUUAAAGUAUUCAUCAGAUGAUUUGUUCUUAUUGGCCAAAGAACUUUCCGAAACUUUGUCUGAUAAAAGACAGUAUCAAGAAGCUGCUCAAAUAUUAUUGGAUUACACAAGGCAACCUGAAGAGGCUGUCGUAUUACUUAACAAGGGUCAUCAUUGGAGUGAAGCCAUACGAAUUGAUUUACAAUUUUGUAGUCUUACAUGUACGGCAGAUCAGAUCUUAUUGAAACGAACGUUAAACCAAGCGUUCUUGAAGGAUAUUAAUUCUAUGUUUGACCAGUUAAAUCAGCAAACUGCACGAUUACAAGAGAUCCGUCUUAGUAAAGCCAAGAAAUCCGGCCCAUUUGAUGACGAAACAAUAGAGAAUGUUGAUGUAUUUUCCGAUACAAGUUCUAUGGCAAGUGGAUUCACUCGGUAUACUCAAUCUAAUACUCAACUGAGUAUCCAAUCUACCAAGAGCGGAAAAACCGCCAAAAGUCGCAGACGAGCCGAAAGAAAGAAAGCUCGUGGAAAGAAAGGAAGUAUAUAUGAAGAAGAAUAUUUGUACGAUUCGUUAAAAAGAUUAAUUGAAAGGUUUGAUAAUUUCAAAGUUGAAAUUGCAAAUUUAUUGAGUUGUUUAGUUACAUUGGGAUAUUUGAAAAAUGCUCAGCAGAUUCAAAAGAUAUUUGGAGAUUUGGAAGAAAAGAUCAUAAAGAAUCUUGAUGAAAUAUUUAUUAUACCUCCUAUUAAUAAUUCGGAGAUUUUGGUUAAUCAGCAGGAAAAUGUAGUAAAUUCAGUUAAAUACGAAAGGCCAAAACUUAAUCAAGUUGAUUGGAAGUUACAAAUUAUAUAA